UGAGAAAAUCAUAUGGGACUUCGUAGCAAGAUUUUAAUACUUAAGCCAAAUAUUUUAAAAUAUUAAAAACAAAGUAUAAUGUCGCACCAGCUAGGUCGUUUAGUUUCACAAAUUCUUCAAAGAUAUUUUGGUGAAAUAGUAGAAAAGGUCGGUAGUGAUCUUUUUAGAUAUGGUUGCAAGUCAAUUGGAAUGAUUGUAAAGUCUACAGGACUUCCUAGAGUAAAGGUUGUGGAAAGCUUAAGGACGCUGCUCAAAUUUGAUUUAGCCAGCUUUGAAGCUUCUGGGGUUUUUGUAGACUAUAAACUUUUGCCUGAUAAUGUAUUACUGCUCAUAAGAUAUCCAAGGUACCUACUUCAGAUGAAGACCAAAUACGGCAAAGAGGCUGAGAUUAUUGUAGAGGAAUUGUUGCAACAAGCAAUCUGCACAGCGACAAUGCUACUAGUUACUCUGGCCAAUAAACAAAAGGAUGAGACGGAAAAAAAUCUAAGCCUAGUGCAAUUAAAGGAUACAUUCAUAAGUCUAGCAACCGCAGGAUACAUCCAGCAAGCCCCUGUGCCAGAACUGAAGGAGGGCAGUGAUGUCCCCAGCCUGGUGCCAGUGGUGACCAUUGUACCCGAUCUGGAUGUAAGGGUUCUCAUGCAAGCCAUGAACAACCCAACUGAGAUUACUGAUAAAAUAUAUUGGAAAGUGAACUAUGAUAGAUUUCACCAAGAUUUCCGUGAUGAGAUUAUGAUAAAAGCUAUGACGCGACGCAUUGAUGAGAACGCGGGUGAAGUGAUGCGUCUACUACUCCAGGAGAUGUAUCUCUCAUCAUCAGCGUGGGCAGAGGUGUCCAACCCAGUAGCGCUAGGGGAGCUAAAGGAACACGCGAAACGACUUACGGAUAAACCGCUUUUGAUGCAACAUUUAGAGCACUAUCUUAAAGUUAUGGAGGAAAAUGGCGCCGGAUUUAUUCGUAUGACGGGAGAUGCGGGUGGGGGGCAGUACUGUGUGCAAGCAAAGCGCGCCGCCGCGCUGUUGGUCGAGAAUGUUCUAGACCACGUGGUCACUGAGCGGCUGGGCUCCAAGGCCGCUAGGAUAUUUAGAUUGAUUCGCACUAAGAAAUAUAUAGAAGAAGAAGAUAUACAAAAGAAUGCAAUGUUACCGAACAAGUUGUGCAAACAACUUACAUAUAAACUUCUUGAAGAGCAUUUUAUUAGUGUGCAGCCAAUGAGGAAGUCCCAACACGUUUCAGGACUUCAAAAGGGCAUAUAUUUGUAUCACGUCAAAUUUUUUGAGGUGGUGCAGCUGUGCCGCGCGCUGUGCGAGGCGGCGCUGCACAACGUGAGCGCGAGCCGGGCGGGCGCGGAGCGGCGCCACGCGCGCGCGCUCGACAAGCAGCGGCGCGUGCGCACCAUCGUGCACGGGAUGGCGCUGCGCAACGAGCCGCAGGCCAACAUCGACGACGUAUUGGAAACACUUACACCGCCCGAAGUGGCGCUGCUACAGCAAGUCGAGAAGCAACUCAAACAACUCAGCGCAGCAGAGUUAGAGUUAGACAGGAACUUAUUUAUAUUAAACUGGUAUUUGAUGUAUCCAUAACAAUGCAGUUUGACGAACUGAACG